GCUUGGAUCGUUGAAAACAGCCGGAACAGAACCGGACCGAACUGGACCGCUCGGUUCCGCUCUCCUCGCGCUGUUUGAAUGUAAAUCACUUCUGAAGGUGAAAAAUCGAGUGAGUGGAGGAAGAGUUUCCGCUUGUUUUUCCGCUCGGGUCGGCUGAAACCAGCUGAUGUGGAAUCGGUGACAGCGUGGCUGCAGCAGGGCGACGUGUUCGGUCCGUCCCUGGAACACCCAGAACCCCGGAAAGGACCGGAGAAUCGGCCAGAGCCCGAGCGGCUUCGGAAGCUUUUAGAGAAUUCUCCUCAACCCUUGGACCUGUGGAGCAGAACUGGUCAACUGUUCCUCCGUGAUGUCCAGCAAAGGGAGAAAUGACCUCUGCCGAAUAUGUGGCGGCAAUCUCCAGGGAAACCAAAGGCGAUGGCUUUUUGGGGGACAAAACAAGAGGACUGGUCUGUCUCACACCCCAACACAGUCCCUGAGAAGUGGAAGCCUGCCCUGGUCCUCUCAGAGCAGCCCUUGGGGUAGCACCUUGUCUCUGGGGUCCUCUGUGUCUCUGUCCAAGUCCCAGGUGUCCGUGAACUCCCCGUCCAAAGCAGUGGACCUGCUAGCUGUGCUGACGCACAUUCUGAGGCGGUCGGUACCACGUGGCGGUGGAGUGGGAGAGUUUGUUUGUGGGAAAUGUGUGUCUGCCCUGGAGCGGGUGUUUAAGUUCGACACAGUGAUUUCCAGGGUCAAGGUGCUCUCAUCGGAGCGCCUUCAGAAGCUGACUCAGGAGAGGGACAAAAUCAGACAUUGGGUUCACCAGAACUACCUCCACCGCCACCCCCAGGACUUCCAGAACAGGGGCAGCACCAGCGAGGAUGAUGGAGAAGAGAAGGAGAAGGAGGGCUACAGGGACAUGCUGAAAGACAACAUGGCUCUCUCGGAGUACGAAUGCUGGUCCGAGAAGUGGGACGCCUGUCCGUAUUUCAUCAGAACCGGUAAAAGGUGCAGGAGGGGUAAGGGCUGUGAAGGCUGCGACUCUUUACGGGUUUCUGACUCCGAUUAUGAGUCUGUCUGUGGGAUUCCUCGUCACUUGCCUUUCCAGCUGUUCUCUCCGUCGGGGCUGUCGCGGGACAAAUCCCAGAGCUUGCCCCUCCACUGGCAGGGGGAGCCAUCCAUCAGCUCCAGUCCGGCUUCGCUGGCUGGGUCCAGUCUAUCCUUAAAAGCAUCUUCCCGUACAGAGUCCGUUCAGUCUCUGGACUCCAUCGAUGGCCAAAACCCGUUUGAUACGCCGGGUGACCAAUCCGUUAACUUUGUCCUGAAGAAGCUGAGGAGCAUUGGAGGGAAACCAGUUAGUUCGCCUUCAGGCAGCAGGAUCCCAGUUCUGGAUCGAAAGGACGGAAGGUUCAGUGAAAGAGUUAAUGGAGGUGUAUCACCCAAUGUGAGCAGAGUUCUGGACUUAGUGGAUGUGGAAAAUGGAAGGGAUGAAAUGGAUGGAGAUGUCCUGAUGGAAAUGAGGGAUGAGUUCAUGGCGCUUCAUCGAGACAGCUACACUGGAAGGGUUCAGAAUGUUAUGGAACACCUACGAGCCCAACUGGACCAGGCUGCAUCCCGCAUCAGAACCCUAGAGGCCGAACGAGGAAACAACCCGGCUGAAGUCAAUGGAUCAGAGGACCUGACCUUCCUGGCUCAAGAGGGCGGUGGCAGCUCGGUGCUGCAGAGCCUGGCCCACUCCCUGCACAGCCGGGAGCGUCUGAUCCAGGAGUGUUUGGGUCUGAUCCGAAGACUGUGUGUGCAGGACCAAGCUGGAGCCCAGCUGACUGACAAACUGUCUGAGAAUCUGAAGGAAAUUCUGUCCGACAACAAGGCGGUUCUGGAGACUCUGAGGCGUGAUGGGAUGGAGAGAGAGAAGAACCUGGAGAAGGAGGUAGAGGCACUGAGGAAGGCUGGGCGAGACCGUGAGCGGGACCUGGACACCCUCAACACAGUUCUGCAGUGCAACCAGGAUGUCAUCAACGACCUGCGGGUUUCUCUGAGGGAGAAGGAGUGUCUGCUGAAGGAGGUGGAGGAGGAACGAGAGCUGUGGAGACGGAGAGAUGGAGCCCUGGCAGUGGUCCUGCAGGAGAAGGAAGUUCUGAUCCGAAACUUGAGACAGCAGCUGGAAGAUAAAAAGGCUCCUUCCAGCUCUGUGAUUGGUCAGCAGUCAUCAGAGGGCGGAGCUGAAGCAGGUGUUUUAUUCAAAGAUGGAGAAGAAAACAGCCCCACCUUGUGUCAGGAGGUCACCAGGCUCACGGCAGCCCUGCAGGAGAUUCAGGAGCAGAAACGGACGCAGCAGGUUACUUACAGUCAGGCGCUCUCAUCUCUGACGGCCCAGCUCGGAGACCUCCAGCGGGAGCUGAGGGAGAAGGAGAAGGAGAGAAAGGAGGCUGAGAGAACUUGGCAGAACAACCAAGAGGAAGGAGAGCGAGAGGAGAGGAAGCUGAGGGACAUUCUGGUGAAGAGGGACAAACUCAUCGAGCAAAUCCUGCUGGACUCUGAGGAGCGGGACCAGCUUCUUCGAGAGCUUCAGCAGAACUUUCAGAACAAACAUGACGCUCUGACAGCAGUCAAACACACUCUGUGAUGGAGGAGCAGCAGCAAGAGGAGGAGGAGGAGCUGCACCUUUUACUCCUCCUCUUCAUAUUUAUUGUGAUAAUCAUCUGGUUUAUUUAUGAUUCAUAUCUCCAUCAUCCAUAAAGGUUGUGUUUAGAUGGAGCUCCAGAUGUGCAGACACAGCUGGAAGUUCAAGACUCAAUCUUAAACAGAUUCUUCUCCUUUUAUUUAGUUGUAAUUGUGAUCAUUAUCAUGCCGGGAUUUAAUUAAAGAACAUUUCUAACAGGUAUAAUUAAUGUGUGUGUGUGUGUGUGUGUGUGUGUGUGUGUGUGUGUGUGUGUGUGUGUGUGUGUGUGUGU